CCUGAGUCCUGCGGGUUAAUGAAGAUCUUCUCAAACAUGGUUUCCCCGGGGCCUGUGUUUUGGCUAGUGCUUCUCAUAAUCGCGCGGGUCAGCAGAAGUGCAGGUAUUGGUUUUCGCUUCGCUUCAUACAUCGAUAAUUACAUGGUGCUGCAGAAGGAGCCUUCAGGGGCAGUGAUCUGGGGCUUUGGUACACCUGGGGCCACAGUGACAGUGACCUUGUGCCAAGGUCAGGAAACCAUCAUGAAGAAAGUGACCAGUGUGAAAGCACCCUCCAACACCUGGAUGGUGGUACUGGAUCCUAUGAAGCCCGGGGGACCUUUUGAAGUGAUGGCACAACAGACUUUGGGGAUAACGGAUUUCACCCUCAGAAUCCAUGAUGUCUUAUUUGGAGAUGUCUGGCUUUGCAGUGGGCAGAGUAACAUGCAGAUGACUGUCUUACAGAUCUUUAACAGCUCAAAGGAGUUGUCUGACUCUGCCGCCUACCAGUCUGUGCGCAUCUUCUCUGUCUCCCUCACCCAGGCGGAGGAGGAACUGGCUGACCUUGAUGGGGUUGACUUGUCAUGGUCCAAGCCCACUGCAGGAAACCUGGGCCAUGGAAAUUUCACUUACAUGUCUGCAGUAUGCUGGCUCUUUGGGCGUUAUCUCUAUGAUACUCUGCAAUAUCCCAUUGGGCUGGUCUCCUCCAGUUGGGGUGGGACACCCAUUGAAGUCUGGUCAUCUAGAAGGACACUGAAAGCCUGUGGAGUCCCUGAUACAAAGGUUGAAAGAGUUCGUCAGCCCACAAUGAAGCCCAUGAGGAAUGAAUGUAAAAGUGAGGAGUCCUCAUGUCCUCUUAGGAGGGUGGUUCCAUCUCUUGAUGUGGCUGGACCAGUAACACAUUCCGUCCUCUGGAAUGCCAUGAUCCACCCACUGCAAAACAUGACUUUGAAAGGGGUGGUAUGGUACCAGGGAGAGGCCAAUGCAAAUUAUAACAGAGACCUGUACGCCUGCAUGUUUCCUGCACUCAUUUCAGACUGGCGCCAGACCUUCCACUAUGGCUCCCAGGGUCAGACAGAGCGUUUCUUUCCAUUUGGGUUUGUCCAGCUGUCUUCAUACAUUUUAAAGAACUCAUCAGAUCCUGGAUUUCCAGAGAUCCGCUGGCAUCAGACAGCAGACUUUGGCUUUGUCCCCAACCUGAAGAUGCCCAACACUUUCAUGGCUGUCGCUAUGGAUCUCUGUGAUAGAGACUCACCUUUUGGGAGCAUCCACCCUCGAGACAAACAGACUGUGGCCUAUCGCCUGCACUUGGGUGCUCGAGCUGUGGCGUAUGGUGAGAAAAAUUUGACCUUUCAAGGACCACUACCUAAGAAGAUAGAACUCUUGGCUCACAGUAGCCUGCUCUACCUCACGUAUGACCAGGAAAUCCAGGUGCAAAGGCACGAUAACAAGACAUUUGAGAUCUCCUGUUGCAGUGACCAUCAGUGCAAAUGGCUUCCAGCUCCCGUGGACACUUUCUCCACCCAGACCCUGAUCUUGGGUCUUAAUGCCUGUCUUGGCACCGUGGUUGCUGUUCGCUAUGCCUGGGCCACGUGGCCCUGUGAAUAUAAGCAAUGUGGCGUUUACCACACCAGCAGCAUCCUGCCAGCCCCUCCCUUUAUUGCUCACAUUACACACAGGGUAUCUGAGGACAUCUGGAGUAGUGAUCACUCUUCUGAACGAGGGCAGGUCCUUUAGAUUGGGUAUGCAGGACUUUCAAUGACGACUGCUCCUGCAUUCCGACAUAAGCACUGGCUCACAGAUACUUGAAAUGCUCCUCUGCCCCUGAGUUAGCCUAAGCCUCUGUGCUGGUCUAAUUCUGAACUAUAUCACUGGGCCUUGCUAGUGUUCACUUCCUUGGUGUUAGUGGGAGUGAAAUGCCCUAUUCUUGCCCUUCUUCCAGAACUGUGGACUCUCAGACUGGCAAGAGACUUUUAAAGGCUGUAGAGGCUGGUCCUCUGUGUGUUCUUUACAACCCCCUGAAAACAGCCAUGGAAGUUUCCAUGUUUCCUUCUGUGGAGCUGAAAUAUUUCUCUAACAAACCUUACUACACCAUGACAAGUCUUUCAGGUCACCUUAGACAGACCGCAUUAGGCUCUCCAAAACUGUUUUCAGCCUAAGUCUUACUCUAAAGGGAAUCUUUGCAUAUUGGCCACUGCUAAGGAGCGGCCCUAAGGAAUAGAGAGCCCAUGGCAGGUUCUCAGGCAAAGGGUGGGGAAAUCACAGGCACAGGGAUACAAGGAAGUAGGUACGCUUGGGGCAAAUGACAUCCUUAAAUGUAAGUCUUAGGUCUCUGAGGUAAAGGUUCAACUAUGGCUAAUCCCCACUGAAGGAAGAAGUCAGACUGAACGGAAAGUUACAGGAUACCUUCUAGAGCAACAGUGGAGGUGAGCCAAAGGUCAUGAUACCGUUUGCCGUUUGGUUAAAGACAGCCACCAGCUCAGAAAAGUGCACCUAUUAGAAACUGGAAGUAAGUCCAGCAUGGUGGCGCACACUGAUCCCAGCACUCAGGAGGCAGAGGUGAGCUGGUUUACAGAAUGAGUUCUAGGACAGCCAGUUACCUAGAAAAACACUGUCUUGAUCCUCUUCCCCACCCUCCACAUAAAAAGAAACGGGGAAUAAAAGUAUUAAUAACUAGUGAUGUGUCCAUAUAGCCAGUCAAUUGUUAGGGACAGACUUACACCGUGCCAUUGAGGCAUGGGGAAAGGAGUCUAACUGUCACCUAUGCACAGCUCUUUUGUUCUCUGAAGUGAGAAAGUGAGAACUGUAGCAAUGAGGAUUUCCCACCAUUCUCUGGGGCUCUGGGGCCAUUAGAAACAGCAAGAGAGAUGUGUCAGGAGUUUAUCUGGUUAAAAACAAAGAAAGAAACCAAAACCAAAAUAUUCUGCAGAGGCCUUUGAUCUCUGAGGAUUUCUAGCUGGCAUUUAUUGUCUAAUGCUCUCUCUCUUCGUCUGGCCCCGUGAGAACACAAAUCUAGUAACCAACGGUUCCCCAGAAAAAGUAAAAUCUACCUGCUUGUCCUGCCAAGCCCUGGUGUUAGUCACACUAAACAAGAGUAGUGAAGAACCGCAAGUCCACGGUCUUCUCACACACACUAGUUGGCACAUACAGUAGAUACUUUGUGUUAUGUAUAGUACAUGCGGUAACGAAGUCAUGUAUGAGUCAAAUUCUUAGAGGUUGAAUAGUUUAAAACAUUGUGUAGGGAUUGUGUGUUUCUCCAAAUGGAGAGAAUUCUUAACUGUUUGAAAAUUAAUCACUGACUAGCAAGAGGGUAAGAACCGGCCCUGAAUCAUCACUGAAGGAGAAGCACUGCCGGGCUGAACUUUGUCAUGGCUUGUUCUGUUUCCUUAUAGGAUAUGUGAACAAUAUACAUACUAUAGUUGAAAGCAACCUUCCCAUAGCUGAUGUAUUUUAGUAGGAUGUGAAUUUUACUUUGAAAAGAUGUAGGUGUUGACUCCUUAAUUUUUUUUUUUUUUUAAAUUUUUUUUCUGAGACUAUAUAGCUCUGGCUGUCCCGGAACUCACUAUGUGGACCAGGCUGGCCUUGAACUCAGCUUCCUCUACCUCCAAAGUACUCAGAUUAAAGUCACGGGCCACUGCACCCACCAAUUUCAUAAAUGUAUGCAGUUAGUGGACUCAGGUUUUGUGGUUCAAAAGCUGUGAACCUGUUAUAAUCCGCUGGGUUGUACAUCAGUGCACCACAUCACUUGGCUGUUCACAGCUGCACAUUUACCAGGAAGAGGCGAGGACACAGGAGAAUGGUGCUCCAAACCGGUUUGUGUCAGUUUAUUAGAGCAUCAUCCUUUUAUCUUAUAAAAAUACUGGCCCACUGGACUACAACCUGAAUAAAGGAUCAACUAGGAGUUUCAUUUUAGGCCAGGCCUACAGGUGUUGCACACUUUUAUUCCAAGCAAUGGAAAGGCAGGUAGAUCUGUGAGUUCAAAGCCAGCUGAGAUCAGAAGUGAGAACCUGUUUCCAAAGACGUUUUUUUUUUCACAAGCCCUCCCCCACCCCACCCCCACCCUUCAAUGGCACAUGUGGGGUCUAAAAAGUCCAACUGUGUCCAACUGAAGUGACAAUGAGUCUAUAUGGAGGAAGGGAAAGAUCCUCAAAUAUGUCAUAUCUGAACAUGUGCUAACACUGGAUGAAAGUGCACGCUUUAAUAAAAAAUUGAGUAAAGAUGA